CCGGAGUAAAGUGGCCGCACGGCGCGCCAGUCAGUCCGAGCAGCCCGCUCUCACAUCUCAUAUCCGCUGCCGCGCAGCAGAGAGACGCGCCUGGCCGAGUCCCGAGCGCUCCGAGCCGAGCACCGAGCACCGACACACGGGCGGACUCUUCACCGACACACGGCCGGGGCUGCUGCCUUUUUCUGUCUGAAAUGCAACUGCGGUCUUUGUGGACAUAAGCAGCGACGUAGCGAGAGAAAGAAAAUUAAAAAUAAAAAAGAUACGAGGACAAACGCCCCGAGGGGGAGGAGGAGGAGGAGAAGGUGCUGUUGGGGGGACAGGAGGAGCAGCGCACGCAGAGGUGUCGACGGCAAUACUCCGAAGGUUUAAUUUGUCUGUGAUGAGAAUCCUCGUCCACCGGAGAGCAAAAGUACGGCCUGCCCCUGUUGUUCCUGCUGAGAGGAAGUGAUGUCACGUCACCACCACCGCUACGAGAGGGACUACCGUGGUCCCUGGGAGCGAAGAGACAUCCGUCCGUCCGGCCUCCACAACGGAGGAGCCAACCACAGCUGUGCCUCCGCCGUUGUCAAUGGCAACAACCGUCCGGGGCUCCUUCCCCUCCCGGUCAUCCCCUCCCUCCUCCCCACCCCAGUCACGGUUGCCGUGACAACGUCGAGCGGUGACCUCGCGGUCAAGCGAGGCAUCACGGGAGCGGGAUCCGUGGCUUCGGCGUCAGCCAAGGUUUCCGGCUUGUCUCCUGGAGACAACCAGACCCCGGGACUUCUGCUGGCUCCGGGAGUCAGGUGGGGACAGACGCCCAUCAACCAGCUCACACCCUGGGAUACAGAUGAGCCCCCUGCCAAGCAACAUAGAGACGGAGAACCCACAGGACCAACCUGGGUGGCACCGGUGGCAGCGGUCAGCCAGUCGAGUCUCCUGCCCCACACCUACACCCUCCCCCAGCCUCCAUCGUUCAACCACAGCGUCACAGCUCAGUCGCCCAUCAUCGGCGUGACCCCAUCCAUCCAGGCGCCGGUGGCCCAGCAGCAUCCCCUCAUGACCACCCACUUCCAACUCACGCCGCAGUCCACUCAGCAGCCGCCCUCAAUGGUGCUGAGCCUGCCCAGCCAGCCUCCCUACGUGACGGCCCAGCCGACGGUCACGCCCGCUGCCCUCGCUGCCCAAACCAACCAGGUGGUUCAUCCGAAUCCCCACAGCAUCAUGGGCAACGGCCACCUGACCUCUCACUCCRGCCUCCUCCAGCCCCCCGCCCUGCCCCUCACCAACGGACAGGCGGCGUCGSUGCAUGCCCAACCUACAGCUGCAGACAAUCAGGAUGGUCCCAAYGGGUUGCAAAUGCUGCGGACAGUCGGGAGUGGGAAGUACGAGUUCAGUGACCCGGGACACCCCAAAGAGAUGUUGAAGGAGUUGAACCAGCAGCGCAGAGCGAAAGAGUUUACAGACCUGAAAAUUAUUGUUGAAGGCAAAGAGUUUGAAGUCCACCAAAAUGUUCUAGCUUCCUGCAGCUUGUAUUUCAAGGACCUGGUGAAAAGGUCGUCAAGGGAGACGAAGAGCGGCGAGAUGCUGGAGCUCCACAUGAGCAACAUCAACGUCGACGUGUUGGAGCUGCUGCUCGAGUUCGUCUACACGGGGUCGCUGGUCAUCGACUCGGCCAACGCCAAGACGCUGCUGGAGGCCGCCAACAAGUUCCAGUUCAACACCUUCUGUAAAGUCUGUGUCUCCUUCCUAGAGAAACAGCUGACUGCCUCUAACUGUCUGGGAGUGCUGGCGAUGGCUGAAGCCAUGAGUUGCACCGAGCUCCACAACAUGGCCAAAGCUUUUGCUCUUCAGAACUUCCCUGAGGUGGCCGGUCAGGAGGAGAUCAUGAGUGUUUCCAAGGAGGACCUGGUGGCGUAUUUGUCCAAUGACAGUCUGAACACAAAGGCUGAGGAGCUGGUUUAUGAAACUGUCAUCAAAUGGAUCAAACAAGACCCCAACUCCAGAGUUCAGGUGAUAGUUCUGGUGGGRGGGCGUCAGGCUAUUGGGAUGAACCAGCGCUCCUUGACAGCAGUCACAUGUUUUAACCCCCAGAACAGUAAGUGGUACCCACUGGCCAGCCUGCCCUUCUACGAYCGUGAGUUCUUCAGCGUCAUCUCAGCGGGAGACAACAUCUACCUGACAGGCGGCACUGAGUCGGGUGUGAUGGUGGCCGACGUGUGGUGCUACAUGUCCCUGUUGGACAACUGGAAUUUGGUGUCCCGGAUGACCGUGGCUCGCUGCAGACACAACAGCCUGGUGUAUGAUGGGAAACUGUACACCAUUGGGGGACUGGGAGUGUCGGGGAUUCUGGACCACGUGGAGAGGUACGACACGAUCACCAACACGUGGGAGACGGUUUCUCCUCUUCCUAAACCGGUUCAUUCGGCGGCUGCCACCGUGUGCGGAGGGAAGAUCUACGUUUUCGGGGGCGUGAACGAAGCCGGGCGCUCAGCGGGCGUCCUUCAGUCUUACGUACCACAGAGCAACAUCUGGAGUUUUAUYGAAUCACCCAUGAUAGAUAACAAAUAUGCCCCUGCGGUGAGUCUAAACGGCUUUAUAUUCAUCCUGGGCGGAGCCUACGCGCGAGCCACCACCAUCUACGACCCAGACAAAGGCAACAUCAAGGCCGGGCCCAACAUGAAUCACUCUCGGCAGUUCUGCAG